UUGCAAUCACGAAGAACAUCCUCAUCGCUGGAAUCGGCAUUACUAUUGUCCCCAUAUAUUCAAUUGCACCAAAUCGCUCUUUCCGUGCAGAUUCGCAAUCGCGCCCUGUUGUACACCGGUCGCAGCUUCCUCGAACUGCGCCGCGCAGAGAUAUAGAAUCCCGGCCGAGACACUCCAGCAUCACGCCUUGUAAAACACCAGACCAGCAGCACCGACCUCGGAAAAUAUGGGCUGGUUAUGGACUUCCUCAUCCAGCAAAGCUGAACCGCAGCAACCCACCCCGACCUCAAUGCCCAUACGCUCCGAGCCCGCGCCAUCCACACCACCUGCAAACUCCGACGAUGCAGCUUUCAACGAAGCAUUCCCACACUUAGCACCCGAGAUCACGUCCUCGAACCCCGAACCAUCAUCAAAGUCCGCCCCUUCUACAGCGGUCACCCAUGACCCCUCCCUCCCAACGACAAUGUCCUGCCGCGCCGCGUUCGACUCCGCUUUCUACUGCUCCUCCCUCGGCGGCCAUUUCAAUGACAUAUACCGCUACGGCCACCUGCGCUCGUGUAGUGAGCACUGGGCCGACUGGCGAUUCUGCAUGAGCCUGUCGGGCGCAUCCAGCGAAGGGCGUGCAAAUGCGAUUAGGGAGCGGUACAGGGAGAAGGAGGAGAAAUUGAAGAAGGAGCCGAACAGUGAAGAUGUCUGGAGGCGAAGGGGCCCGGGAGAAAUGAUUGAAAAGCCAUUCAGGUUUGCGGAAGAGGAGAGCUUGAGAGUGGAAAAGGCGUAAGGUGGAAGAUAGUCACAUGGAGUGUAGUAGCAUGAAGCCCGCUGGUGACGAUGAUGUAUAUGUUAGUCUCGCACCAGAACUCAUACAUUGGUGAACGAAGAACUGUGAUUCAGGCAGAGCCGCAUCGACUGCGUAGCGGCGUCCUGGGCGCAGUUCGCCACAAUCAGAUUAAGGAAGUUUGGCAUGGGAGCAGAACAGGUGCGCUGUUGUAAGCUUCCGGAAGAGAUUUGGUCUCAAGUUGCCAUACAUAAAUACCCUGUACAAUAAUGAACAUGUCUCAACUCGGAAACAC